GGCAAAUAUUAAGUUAACUCGAAAGUGAACCGAAUGUUUGAAACAAUCAUUUUAUAAAUAAAGAGAAACUUCGGUCACUUUUCAGUAUACAUUUUUAAAAUUAAAUAAUCUUAAUAUUGUCUUGAUUGUUGCAUCAGCGAUAGAGACAACAAAAAAAUCAUCGAACUCGCGAACGACUCUUUGCGAAUCGAUCCGAGCGAUUUGAGAACGUACGGUGGAGGUGGCAGCAGCAGCUUCGGUGUGCGAUCGUAAUUGCAGUGCCAGAGAAAUCCCAUACACUCGCUUAUCGUCUGCAGCGAAGUACGGAGAGCAGCAAAGUACCCCAGUAACACAACUCACGCAGAGAGUACAUUGGAGGUUUGGAGUCUGCAAGUACGAGAAGUAAUUGCUACGAGUCGGCUAUUCAAUGCUCAUCUACCCGAUCCUCGCCAGUUUGUGCAUCGGUGGAGGCUUGCUCAUUAGACCCGCGAGCUGCGCCAAGAUGAUGCUGUUCGACUUCACGAAGCCCGACGCCGAGCAACGGCUGCAGUCCUGGCACGAGUCGUCGGACACGGUGCGCGAGGUCGGCCAGUCCAAGGCCACCCUGGUGCUGCAGCGCACCCAGCUCUUCCAGCGCGCCGUCUUCUUCGCCCUGCUGAAUCCCCAGCCGAACGGGGCCGGUUUCGCCGGGGUGCGCACGGCCGUCGCCUGGGACCUGCGCGGCCGCCGCGAGCUCUGCCUGCGCUACCGCGCCCGGGGCCAGCUCGAGCGCUACAAGCUGGUGCUGCGCCACCGGGGCCAGCACUCCAACGACGACGUCGAGUACGAGCAGAUAUUCCGGGUGCGCAACGAGCCCGAGUCCAUGGGGGAGUUUCGCGAGGCCCGACUGGCGCUGGCCGAUUUCAAGCCGUACUGGCGCGGCCGCGAGCAGCCCCAGGCGCCGCCACUGGAUUUGGAGCACGUGAGCAUGAUCGGUCUGCAGGUGUUCGGCGGCGUCUACAUGGAUUACAAACAGUCCGGCGUGGGUUCCAUGGAGAUAGACGCGAUCUGGGCCGACGAGGCCGACGAUUCCAAUUGAUUACCUCGUUGAAGCGUCGUUAUAUGCGGAGCUGCGUGGAUAAGCACGAUGCUCGGGAUACUCAUUUUUUGGAUAUUUCAAAUGUAAUCGUUAGGACCUCGUAUCGCGUUGCGAUUCUACUCCAAAAGAAUGAGAAUAAUUAUCAACCGUUGUAUUUCUCUUAAUAAAUCGUUUAUAAUAACACGUAUGAAAAGUUUUGUGUUAUCGAAA